GUAAGGCAUUAAAUUUGUUUCGUCAAUCGAUAUCGAGAUCCAAUCAAAUCUGCUUCUCUCUCAGCUUGUAGAAUUUGAUUACUAUGGGAGACGCUAGGGACAACGAAGCUUAUGAGGAGGAGCUUCUAGACUAUGAGGAAGAGGACGAGAAGGUUUUGGAUUCUGGAAAUAAAGUUAACGGCGAAGCUGUGAAGAAAGGGUAUGUGGGAAUACACAGUUCAGGAUUCAGAGACUUCCUUUUGAAACCGGAGCUUCUCCGAGCUAUUGUUGAUUCUGGAUUUGAGCAUCCAUCUGAAGUGCAACAUGAAUGUAUCCCUCAAGCUAUCUUGGGCAUGGAUGUUAUCUGCCAAGCUAAAUCUGGUAUGGGAAAGACUGCUGUGUUUGUCCUUUCGACUCUACAACAGAUCGAGCCCACUCCGGGCCAGGUGUCUGCACUUAUCCUGUGCCAUACAAGAGAGUUAGCUUACCAGAUCUGCAAUGAGUUCGUGCGAUUCAGUACCUACCUGCCUGAUACAAAGGUUUCAGUGUUCUAUGGAGGAGUCAACAAUAAAAUUCACAAAGAGUUGCUGAAGAAUGAAUGUCCUCACAUUGUUGUUGGAACCCCUGGUCGGGUUCUUGGACUCGCCAGGGACAAAGACCUUUCUUUGAAGAAUGUGAGGCAUUUUAUUCUUGACGAGUGUGAUAAAAUGCUCGAGUCACUAGACAUGCGGAGGGAUGUGCAGGAGAUUUUCAAGAUGACUCCUCACGACAAACAAGUUAUGAUGUUCUCAGCAACGCUCAGCAAAGAGAUACGCCCCGUCUGCAAGAAAUUUAUGCAAGAUCCAAUGGAAAUAUAUGUUGAUGAUGAAGCCAAAUUGACUCUUCAUGGUCUUGUCCAGCACUACAUCAAACUUAGCGAAAUGGAGAAAAACCGCAAGUUGAAUGACCUUCUCGACGCAUUGGACUUCAAUCAAGUUGUUAUCUUUGUUAAGAGCGUUAGCAGAGCUGGGGAGCUUAACAAGUUGCUUAUUGAAUGCAAUUUCCCCUCGAUAUGCAUUCACUCUGGCAUGUCUCAGGAAGAGAGGCUGACUCACUACAAAAGUUUCAAGGAAGGGCACAAGAGAAUUCUGGUGGCAACAGACUUGGUAGGGAGAGGAAUUGACAUUGAGCGUGUAAAUAUUGUGAUCAACUACGACAUGCCAGAUUCUGCUGAUACAUAUCUUCACAGGGUUGGGAGAGCUGGUAGGUUUGGAACGAAGGGUCUUGCAAUCACAUUUGUGGCAUCAGCUUCUGAUUCGGAAGUUCUCAAUCAGGUACAAGAUAGGUUUGAGGUUGAUAUUAAGGAACUUCCUGAGCAGAUUGAUACUUCCACAUACAUGCCGUCUUAAAUCGACUUAGAGAGAUGGAGAGGAUUUCCUAGAUUGUGUUGCUUAUGUUGUCAGAAUAUGUACAAGCGAAUAUGAUGCUUAUGUUGUCAGAAUUCAGACAUUACAAUAACUCUUAGAGUUCUAUUUGUGCUUGAUCUUCCUUUUGAGUUAAUCUGAAAUUUCUCUUUCGUUACAAGUAAUACCUAUAAAAAAAAUAAUCGCACUUCAUGUUCGUU